ACAAACAAUCGCCUAUGUGCCUUUUAUGCAACAAAGUUUUGGGCAAUGACGCUAUGAAACCAUCUAAACUGCAAGAUCAUCUGAGAAGAUGCCGCCCUGAUAAAACAGAGAAAGAUUUGAAAUACUUUCAAACACUUAAAGAUAAAUUUCAGAAGAGACCUACACUGGACAGAAUGUUCGCUUCGACGUCACAAGGAAAUGAUGAUGGUUUGCGGGCGUCUUACAAUAUCUCGUUACUUGUAGCAGAAUCCGGAAAACCGCAUACUAUUGGAGAGAAGUUAAUUUUGCCAGCCGUUGAAGAGGUUUUAAAAACUGCUUUACACAAAGCUGCAUCUGAUAUCAUUAAAAGAAUUCCCUUAAGCAACAAUACUGUUGAAAGACGUAUUGAUGAAAUGACUUCUGAUAUUGAAAGCUUCUUAUGUAAUUAUUUGCAAACGACCCAUUUCUCUAUAUAA